AUGAGUGUAACCAAGGAAAUUCCCAUUCCGGGGCCUAGGGGUGUCCCCAUUCUGGGAAAUAUCUAUGACAUCGAGCCCGAAGUCCCAUUGAACAGCAUUGACUUGCUAGCUGAUAAUUAUGGCGAGAUCUUUCGUCUCACCACCCUUGGCAGCCCCCGCGUCUUCAUCAGCUCGCAUGAGCUGGUCGACGAGGUUUGCAAUGAAGAGCGGUUCGGCAAGAUCGUCACUCAAGGUCUGAAGGAAAUUCGCAACGGCACGCACGAUGGUCUUUUCACGGCCAACUACCCCGGCGAGGAGAAUUGGGCGAUCGCGCAUCGCAUCCUUGUCCCUGCAUUUGGCCCGUUGAUGAUUCGCGGCAUGUUCGAUGAUAUGUACGAUAUUGCGACUCAAUUAGCGAUGAAAUGGGCGCGACAAGGCCCGAAGAUGCCCAUCACAGUGACUGAUGACUUCACACGCCUAACGCUUGACACCAUUGCUCUGUGUUCGAUGGGUACCCGCUUUAACUCUUUCUAUCAUGACGACAUGCAUCCUUUCGUUGAGGCGAUGGUGGGAUUGCUUGGAGGUUCAGCUAAUCGGGCUCGUCGACCGGCUCUUUUGAACAACUUGCCCACGAGUGAGAACAGCAAGUACUGGAAUGACGUGGCUUAUCUGCGGAAUCUGUCCCAGGAGCUAGUAGAUGCGCGAAAGAACAACCCCGAAGACAAGAAGGAUCUGCUCAAUGCGUUGAUUCUGGGCCGUGACUCCCAGACGGGCAAGGGUAUGACAGACGAAUCGAUCGUGGAUAAUAUGAUCACUUUCUUGAUUGCUGGUCAUGAGACGACCUCCGGCAUGCUUUCGUUCCUCUUUUACUACCUGCUCAAAACCCCGCAUGCAUACAAGAAGGCCCAAGAAGAGGUCGACCGUGUCAUUGGAAGACGCAAGAUUACAGUGGAAGACAUGUCCAAGUUGCCGUACAUCACAGCCGUGAUGCGCGAGACACUACGCCUGAAGCCAACAGCCCCUAUGAUUGCAGUUCAUGCCCACCCAGAGAAGAACAAGGAAGAGCCCGUCACCCUCGGCGCUGGCAAAUACGUCUUGCACAAGGAUGAACCUAUCGUUCUUUUGCUGGGUAAGAUGCAACGCGAUCCAAAGGUGUACGGCCCCGACGCCGACGAGUUCCGCCCGGAGAGAAUGCUGGACGAACACUUUGAGAAGCUACCAAAGAAUGCCUGGAAGCCAUUUGGCAACGGCAUGCGUGGAUGCAUUGGUCGUCCAUUCGCUUGGCAGGAGGCACUUCUUGUCGUUGCAAUGCUGCUUCAAAACUUCAAUUUCCAGAUGGACAACCCCAGCUACGAUCUUCGUAUCAAGCAAACGCUCACCAUCAAGCCAAAGGACUUCCAGAUCAAAGCAUCCCUUCGCGAGGGCCUUGACCCUACUAAGCUCGGCUUGGCCCUGAGUGAUUCUACCGGUGUGCACAAGGAUUCGGGUGUUGCGGAACGGGAGAGAAAGCCCAAGGCUGCCCCUACCAAUGGUAAAAUGAAGCCUAUGCACAUUUUCUACGGAAGUAAUACCGGUACUUGUGAGGCGUUUGCGCGGAGAUUGGCGGAUGAUGCCAUUGGAUAUGGAUUUGCUGCGCAGACUAGCUCGCUGGACUCGGCCUUGCAGAACAUUCCAAAGGAGGACCCGGUCGUCUUCAUCAGCGCAUCAUAUGAGGGCCAACCACCAGACAAUGCGGCUCAUUUCUUUGAAUGGCUUAGCGAGCUAAAGGGUGAUAGCCUGACGGGUGUGAAUUAUGCAGUAUUUGGGUGUGGUCACCACGACUGGGCAUCCACGUUCCACCGCAUCCCCAAGGCAGUGAAUGAACUCGUUCGCGAAAAUGGCGGAAACCGUCUCUGUGACAUUGGCCUGGCAGAUGCAGCCAAUUCAGAUAUGUUCACCGACUUCGAUGGCUGGGGCGAGACAGCGUUCUGGCCAGCUAUCGUGGCCAAAUUUGGUGGUGGUUCCGAACAGACCGUCAAGUCCAAAUCCUCGCUGCAAGUCGAAGUGAGCUCAGGUGUCCGCGCAUCUACUCUGGGCCUCCAGUUGGAAGAAGGAUUUGUGGUAGAGAACAAGCUCUUGACCAAGCCUGGAGUGCCUGCCAAGCGACUUCUUCGAUUCAAGUUGCCCUCAGACAUGACCUACCAGUGCGGCGACUAUCUCGCGGUUCUGCCCGUGAACCCAAGCACUGUCGUUCGCCGGGCCAUUCGUCGCUUCGACCUGCCAUGGGAUGCUAUAUUGCGUGUUCAAAAGUCCUCGUCUGGAUCGGCCCCGCCGUCGAUUCCCCUGGACACGCCAAUCUCAGCCUUUGAGCUCCUGUCGACAUACGUCGAGCUUUCCCAGCCAGCAUCUAAACGCGACGUGAAAGUCUUGGCCGACGCAGCCAUUGAAGACGCCGAGGUUCAGGCGGAGCUCCAAUACAUCGCUUCAAGCCCCAGUCGAUUCACAGCCGAGAUUGUGCAGAAACGCAUCAGCCCUCUGGACAUCCUGAUGCGUUACCCGUCAAUUAAGCUCUCGAUUGGCGAUUUCUUAGCGAUGCUCCCACCUAUGCGUGUUCGCCAGUAUUCCAUCUCCUCAUCCCCCCUUUCUGACCCCUCAGAAUGUUCAAUCACCUUCUCUGUCCUCAACGCUCCUGCUCUUUCAGGGAUUUCCGAGCCAGGCAGCGAAAUCCCCGAAGAGUAUCUCGGAGUCGCCUCGAACUACCUUUCCGAGCUCCAACCCGGCGAGCGAGCUCAUAUUACCGUCCGCCCUUCGAACUCUGGAUUCAAGCCCCCAGUCGACCUCCAAACGCCAAUGAUCAUGGCUUGUGCCGGUAGCGGUCUCGCUCCCUUCCGGGGCUUUGUGAUGGAUCGCGCGGAAAGAAUUCGUGGACGUCGCAGCUCCAUCGACGCCGCUAAUGUCCCGGAAAGCGACAAGCCCGCCAAGGCUGUGCUGUAUAUCGGCUGUCGCGCGGAGGGUAAGGAUGAUAUUCAUUCCGACGAGCUGGUUGAGUGGGCAGCACAGGGCGCUGUUGAUGUUCGCUGGGCAUUCAGCCGUCCAGCUGACGGCUCUGAGGGCAAGCAUGUCCAAGAUCUCAUGCUUGAGGACCGUGAGGAGCUGGUUGAUUUGUUUGAGAAGGGGGCGAACAUCUAUGUUUGUGGCAGCACUGGUGUGGGUAACGCGGUACGGGACGCUUCCAAGACAAUGUAUCUGGAGCGCCGAAGGGAGAAGAUUCGUGAGGCAAAGGAGACUGGUACGGAAUUGGGCCCGGAUGCUGAAUUGGAUGAGGAUACUGCUGCCGAGCGAUUCUUUGAUCAGUUGAGGACGAAAUCGCGGUAUGCCACUGACGUGUUCACUUAA